AUGGGAAAAGAUUCGGUCCGCGAAAAGGACACCAUGAUUGGCGGUUGUGGUGGCAGAAAAUCGGCACGUCCCGUUAGCGCAUCGCCGUACUCGGAAAACUAUCGGCCACCGAUGGACCUAUGCCAGAGACACCUUAUCAAUCACCGACUGUUGGUGUCGAAGCUGACGCGGCGCGAACUCGAGGACAAGUACAUCGUGCUGUGCGAUGAGAACUACAGCAUGAAAAAGCGAGUCCACGAGCAGGAGGACCUCAUCAAGCGCCUUAAAACGAAGCUGAUGCGUGCCUCGAGCGAGAGCAACUGUCGAUCCAAGUCCCGCCUGGAGCUCGGAUCCAACGAGCACUACAAUAGGCUGCACGAUCUGGAGUCACAGCGUAGAGAGCUGCACGAAAAGCUGGAGGCCCUCCGCCGGGCAACGUCGUCCGACAUACGGCGGAUGGACAGUGUAACAGGCGGCGCGAAACCCACCGGGACGAGACACACUUCCGGUGCCGUGAACAGUCAAAGCCAGCACCGUCGAUCAAAGAGUGCCGCCCAUCGGGCGAAGGAUCGGGAGCCGAGUCGGUGCAAGUCUUCAUCCCCGUCCAACGAUGACUACGAAGAGCACUCGCGGGUCCGCGAUGGACCGAGCAAGGACCGCAGAAGCACGGACCGCGACGACGACGACGACGAAGAUGACGAUAUUGAGGAGGAGGUGGAGGACUACGCGAAUGGUGGACGCGCUCGAAGUGCGCCCCGCAAAUCCUACGGUGCCGAUGACGAGGAUGAAGGCGAAGACGAUGAGGACCGCGACCGCGACAGGGAGGACCAGGACCGGGAUGUCGCUUCGUGUACGGGCGUGAGCGAAGAAAAUGGAGACGCCGAUCAACGGUCGGCGAGCGGAGCUAGUGGCGGCGGAACCCGGAACGCCAAAUUGCGUGGGUCACGAUCGCGGCCAUCGACCAGACCGGUUGGCAACUGUGCCGACUGCGAGCGGCACCACAACGAGCAGCUGGUGCGCGAAACGGACAUCGUGAAAAUGAAGCUCAACAUCAAGUAUCUGCACAAGGAGCUGCAGAAUGAGAAGGAAAAGAGUGCGCUCCUGGCGCGCCAGCUGGAAGAGAGGCUAUCGUACGAAAUCAUGAAGCGGAAUGCGGCCGAAAACAUCGAAAUACUCAACCUCAACCGGCAGGUCGAGGACAUGACGCGAGAGCUGCAGCGCCAGGUGGACGAACAGAGGCGCUCGAUGGAGCACGAGAUGCGGAAGCAAGGCGACCUGGAGGCGCAGAUUCGCAAGGAGAAGGACAAGAACAGCGAGCUCUUCGAGGAAUGUGAACGGUUGAAGAAAAGCAUCGAGAAGCUGAAAGAGAACAUGUCCGAGGUGGAGAUUGAGCGUGACUUCCUAAAACGGCAGCAGGAAAAUUUCACCAAAAUCGUAGACGAAAACAAACUGCUAAAGUACCAGCUCGAUGACCUCCGGAAGCACAAUCAAGGGCUGCUGAAGCAGAUCGACACGCUAAAGGAGGAGGAACUCGUGACGAGGGCAUCGCAGAAGGAGCUGCUGGAGAAGCUGAAAACGUUGCAGCAAGACAACGACACGCUGUCGGUGAUGCUGGAAGGAUUGCGCACCGAAAACGAAGUGCUCGCCGAGGAGAAAACGCUACUAGAGCAGAGUCUCAAGAGUUUGGAAGCGUCGCCCAUCAGAGAAAGGCUACUGACGCCAACACCGCCACUGUCCUCUCCGCAGAAGCCUCUGCUGGCUGAUGUGUGCAUCCAGACGGAGCUUGAAAACUUGCAAACUGUGUCCGAUAGUGUUGUGUUUGAUCCGGAUAGAGCACUGGCCUCGUCGAAGAUUGAACCACAGACCCAAGCGCCACGAAGCUCACACGCUUCGCCGAAGCGUUCCUCUUUGAAAUCAUCACGCAAUGGUGGGGAACUAGCGGCACAGGAGAUGGCCCCAACCACACAGCAGCUCCUCCGGCAGGUUACCGUUGGCCACACGAUACCGAAACUGUCGCGCAUCCUCGACAACCGUAUCGAGGAGCGACACAAACCGAGCAACGUCGAGCUGUUGCUCAUGAACAGCUACCCUGCGGAGCUUGAGAAAUCAUUCCGCAGAAACGAACGCUUCCGCACCAUACAGAGUUCGUUCCGCAAGCGGGAGACCACCGAUCGUGGCUCGAUCGUAUCUAGUGGGUCCGACCGGCGAAAGAUUUCGUUUGCCGAGUCCAGCGCAACGGACGAAUCACCGACGAAAGAUGACGAAGAUCCGGAAUCGGUUGAACGAAACUAUGCCAGUUUGUUUGGGUUCGGACGACAACCGUCCAUGUGGCACUCGGUGGUCAAUCCACAGGAGCCGGCGCCGGAAGUUACUAACCCGAGGCACGAAUCCGAUCGACUCACGAUCGAGAUACAGUCCGUCCGGUGGCACGAAUCGGCUAUCGAUCUCCUGCAGACUGACGGUGUUUCGGUGUACUACGUCGAGUUUCGGUUUCUCGACCUACACGGUCACCAGCUGGAGACUCCGGCAUCGGCCCCACUCGUCACGGACACUACCGGGGAACUACGGUUGCAGCACGACUUCCACUUUCAGGCGCCCAUCGAGCUCGAUCCUAAGCGCAACCCGGAACGGUGCAAACAACUGAAAGCGAUGCUCGGCCCGGAAGGACGCGACGUGCUCCAGUUUGUGCUGGUAAACGAGCGGCAAGAUUGCGAGGACAUCGGGUACGCCACGGUACGGUUGCGAAGUGAGCUAACCGAGGGGUGCCACGGAAACGCGAAAGAGCUGCUCGUCCGUGCUCCGAUCUACGAUUUUCGCCGCGAUCACGACGAAAUGGGAGUGCUGACGGUAAAGUUCGAAAACGUUAAAAUAGUACUCCCCUUAGUAAUCGUUGCACAAUGUUGCGCAAUGCAGCAUCUCGCUCACCGUCCUAUGUACACCAUCCAUCCGAACCGAAGUGCUGAGCCGUCGAGGUGCUAA